AUGCAUCGCUACAGAGUUCUUCAGAUUCCCUCAGUGUUUGAGCAGCAUCACCUCCUCAGGGCUUGUGAUGUGAGUGCAGAGGAGAAGUUUGAGUCACUCUACACUGUGGACAAUCUGCUGGGGAGAGGAGCCUUUGGUUCUGUCUUCGCUGGAGUGCGUAAGAAGGACGGGAAAAUGGUUGCCCUUAAAUUUGAGGCCAAAGGUCCCCGCAAUAAAUUCAUCACCAUCCCUGGAGAGACACGCAGCCUGCCUUUGGAGGUUGCGUUAAUGGAGAUGGUGUCCAGGCCUCCUCGUUGUGAGAACGUGGUGGAGAUGCUGGAAUGGUUUGAGAUGUCUGAUAAAUUCGUCUUGGUGCUGGAGCGACCCGUCCCCUGCAUGAACCUCGAGAAAUAUUAUGAACAUAAUGGAUAUGGCUUGUCUGAAGUAAUAUCUCAGACGAUCAUGAGGCAGGUGGUUCGAGCUGCUAAGCACUGCUGUGAUUGUGGAGUUUUCCAUCGCGACAUCAAGCCUGAGAAUAUUCUCAUCAAUCCGGACACUCUGGAGGUGAAGCUGAUCGACUUUGGCUGUGGGGAUUUGAUGAAGGACGAGGUGUACACCAGUUUUUCUGGAACUCCAGCUUACUGCCCUCCUGAGUGGAUACGCAACAAUGAGUAUUUAGCUGUUCCUGCUACUGUCUGGAGUCUGGGUGUAGUCCUGUAUGAGAUACUCAGUGGAAACCUGCCUUUCUACAGUGAGCAGGAGAUUAGUGUUGCUUGUGUGCCACUACUUUCUGGUUUGUCUGAAGGUGAGAAAAUCAGAAACAUCACAUUUCUACCUCUAGAACAAAACUGUAACACUUAA